AAGUACAUAGGAAUCAAAAAGCAGUGGAUCUAUCGGUAUUAUAAGGUACCAAGCGAUGUACUGAAUUUAGCAAUUAGGGGUUUGGAUACACAGUAAACAUGAGGAUGCUCAAGAGAGUUGGAAGAUUAGUGAUGCGAGAGCGAGAGCAUAUAAAUUAUAUACUACACAGGUGUAUAUCAUCACCAGCAAUAUAUGAUGUCGCCAACAGAUCUAUCCCUCUGCUGCAGGACACCCAACUUGACGGUUUUACAGAGGACCAUAGAAGUACAUACUACAAAUUGGAGAAAAAAACAAAAAAAGAAUCUGAUUUUGAUAUAGCGGUAAGGAAUUUUACCAAUCUCUCAAUAGAGAUGAAGAAACAGAAUAUUAAUCAGAAAGAGCUUACAAGUGUCAGUAGCGGAGAUAUUGUUAAUCUACAUGAGCUUUUGUUUACCAAAAACAGGGACUAUCUAAUCAAAUUCAAUGGGGACCAGGUGAAGGCUGAGCAGUUUGCUGACAAGGUUAUCGUUAUAUAUUUUGUGUUACUGCCACUUGUUGAUAAUAAUUCUGCUGAGCGGGUGGGGCUGAUCACAGAAAGAUUAAAGGAUGUAUACAACUUUCUACCACCUAACAAAGGUUUCGAGAUCGUUUUUGUGGCUGUUGAUGAUGAUGACACUAGCUUUGAAGAAGAAAUGUUAUUUGAUCCUUUACCUAAAACAGACCUUGAGAAUGAUUUUGAAGAGGUAUUUUCUUGCAUGCCCUGGACUGCCAUUCCAUUGUCUGAUAGAACAUCCAGGGAACGUCUGCAGAAAAGAUUUGGUUUUAGGGAUAAGAACGGUAGCCUGUUUGUAAUUGAUUCAACAGGGGUCGUUUUGCAGACAAUUGUCAUUUCUGAUUUUAAACGAUAUGGAAGUCUAGGAUAUCCUUUCAGCAAUGAGAGGCUCAAAUCCCUGGAAUCUGAAUGCAAAGCAAUCGCUGCAGAACCCACAGUAGAAAAACUUCUGUCUUCCCCUGAACGAGACUAUGUCAUUUCGAAUAACGGGGACAAGGUACCUAUUCAUACACUUGAAGAUAAGGUGGUAGCUCUAUACUUCCACGCAGGCAACGUAACUGAAACUGAUAUGCUUACAGAAGAACUUAGGAAUGUAUAUGAAGAGUUGGCUGAAAAAGAAGUUAAAUUUGAGGUUGUGCUUCUUUACCUUUGUGACACACCCAUUACUAUUGGAUUUAGAAAUGAAGAUUCAUUCUGGAGAACUUUUGGAACUAUGCCUUGGUUAGCUCUCCCCUAUAAAGACCCUAUCCUGAAGAAGUUGAAAAUAAUUUACAAGUUUCCUGAGGAUUAUAUUUAUGGUGAUGAUGAGGAGAUCUCCAAGCUUGUAAUUGUCGGACCUCAUGGAGAAUUUUGUGAACCAUGUGGAGCCGACAUUUUGUUGAACUAUAGAGUUCCAGGAUACCCCUUCACGCGUGAAAAAGCUCUUGAGUUAGAGACCGAAAGAAUAAAGAAAUUGAAGUUAGAGAUGAUUUUGGAGACGAACAAGGUCUUGACUAGAAAUGACGGAUCCAAGGUUUCGCUCUCUCAACUUGCUGGCAAGAGGAUUAUGCUUUUAUUUGGUCUAUUUGAAGAUGAGUUCCUAAACAUGUUGAAAGAAAGGUAUCUCUCUAUGAAGAGUACAGAUGGUGAAUUUGAAGUAAUCCACAUCUAUGUAUCUGACACUGAUGAUGUUGUAGACCCGCCGGCCUGGUUUGUGUAUCCUCUGCCAAAAGGCUUCCGCUAUGCUUCUGAUAUUAUACCUGCUGCCUUUGAUAAACGAUACUUUAGACAAGAAGAGAUUUACGAUGUUGGAGAUAGGAGAAGACUGCUUGCUUUUGAUCGAGAUGGAAUGAUAGUCAGAGACUCGGCUUUUCCGACGAUUGAAGAUAUGAAUUUCCCCUUCUACACCAGUGGGUUGGAAAAGGAAGCCUUACUAGAAUUAGAUUCUGUGUUCCAUUGGUACGAAUGGGAAGACACUGAGAGUUGGAACCGUGAGGCAGGGUAUAUUGGACCAAACCAGUCUUGCGGAUGAUCGGUUGGAUCCAUUUCCGACUUGGGCCAGACUACUGACUAUGUAAUUAUUAAAUAUCAUAUUGACUAUAUCGAUAAAAAGAUUCAUUCUUUUCAUAAAUAAAGGAUAUAAUAAUUGGGUCGCGGUCCACAAUCAUUAAUGGUUGUGGACGAGUUAUACAA